UGUACAUCAAUAUAAUAUAAUAUUUUGAUUGCCGGACACGGUAAUUUUGUACUUACACGUUCGUUAUGUUGUUGCAUCUGCUCUAGUGCUGUUUGCGCCUGGUUCCUUUUGUUCAGUUCGCCAUCUUGUUCGUGUAUGACGCCUGUGUUGACGAUUGUAAGCCGUUUAAGGGGCUAGCGCUAGCACAGUACUGCAGUCUGCAUUUGCAGUAGGCUACGAUCUCGAUUUCCGAAACUUUUUUUGUCUAUACGGACACUUCGCGUUUUUCAUUUUGGUAUUUCACAUUAAACGGAUCAAACGUGCCAGGACAACCCGAACACUAUUCAAAGUAAGUUUUACAGAAUACAAUAAGUUAGUAGUAAAGUUCUGCCGUCAUCAUCGAAAUGGGCCAUUAUUAUUAUCACCGUUAUCGUUUUUCAUGUAUAUGCAAUUAGGCGUACACGCACGCAUACGGCAUUCACGCAUUUUCGACAUUUUUUUAGGACUGCGGUAUAGGCAACGUAUGGUCGUCGCCGACUAUGACGUUAUCUAAGACGCCCGCCCGUGUUUGAUAUGUUGCGUUUCAGUACACCCUGAAAAAGUAUAAUAACUAGUUAUUAUUACCCUCUAAGAAUCGUUAGUGUCUGAUAAUACGCUACUGGGUUUUUAUUUUCGCCAACAUAAGUACAGUGGAUACCUACCUAUGUAUGUAUACUAUACGCUUAGAAGUGUGAAAUUGUGAUGUGUGAUUUAUAAAAUAAUAUUAUCGGUCUUUGUGAACAUUCGUUUUAUAUGUUAAUAAUCGUGUUGCAAGUAUACCUGUUGCCGUUUUUGAUAUUUUUUUGUUUUUUGAGAAAAAAUCUACCUACCUUGGUACCUUAUUAGUUAUUAGUAAUUAGAUAUUCUUAUUUUUUCAAAUUAUCGCCAAUUAUUUUCGUAUAUGAUAACUAAUCUACCAUACUAUAUAUUAUGCAAAUUAUACUCUCUAGUCCCUAUCAAAUUACUAUUACAGAUCGAAUAUCAUAUGUCAAGUAUUUUACAUAUGUGUACUUGAAAGAUUAAGGUACUGAAGAUUAUUUGGUAUUAAAUGUUUAGAAUAUUUAUGUUUUAUACUAAACAUGGUGGCUAAUAAAUUUAAUCUUAUUUAUUCAGGCCAUCUGAUAAUUUUAAUGAGGAAAAGUAUGAUUGAGUGUAAUAAUUGUAUAAAAUAUACUGUGAAUGUUGGUAUUAAACAAAUUCAUUGUAAUAUGGUUUAUGACAAAUUUCUAUUUUGAUUAGAUACACAUUGUUAACUACCUACUUUUUUUUUCUUUUUUUUAUUAUAAAAACUACAAAAAAAAGUAUAUACAUAUAUUAUACUUACAAUCUGUAAAUUAAUAUGUUUACAAAAGCAAAUCUCUGAAGAAAAAGAAGUUAUCAAAAGCAGGAUAAAAGUCUAUUAGCACCUGACUGGGUUUCCUGUAAGUUGCUUGAAAGUGAAAUUUGUUAAGGAAACUGUUGAUAAGGGGGUUUGGGUGAAUUAAAUUUGAAUUGGUUUUUCUUUUAUAGGUUUGAUAAACAAGUUAUAAUUUAAUGUUUGAAUACAGAAGUCGUAAUGCAGAGAAUCGUUUGUGACAUACUAUGUUGAUGUAAUUAACUGUUGAUAUAUUUGUUGAAAUACUCGUAUGAUUUUGAUACCCUAGUGCCAUAUUAAAGUGUAGUGUAAAUCGUGCAUUUUGCUUUCAGUGAGAGCAUUGAUCAAAAUAAAGGUCUGAUGGUGAAGACGCUGGUUGAGAGCUUUACACUUGACAUGUAAAUGAGAGGCCCAGGUGAGACGUUUAUCAAAUGUUAAGCCAAAAUAUUUUGUUUGAGAAGAGAUUGGAAUUGAGGGAUAGUCAGUUUAAUAUAUAGAGAAGGUGAUUUAGAAGAUUUGACUGAUUUUUAAUUUGUGGAAUUGGUUAUUGAACAUAUCUAGUUGACUUUGGUUUUUUUUGAAAUGUUAGGAUAGGUUUAGUAACCGUGGUAAAAAUAGCGGUGUCAUCAAUUAUCUAUUUGUGUAUAUUUGCGGAAUUUGAUGAUAGGUUGCUAAUGAAGAUGUUAAAAAGAAAAUGUGUUAUAAUACGCUGUUGGUUGUAUUUGAAGAGGUGACUUAAAUGACAAAUGUGCAUUGGCUUAGAUACAAUUUUAUAAAAAGAUAGCAGGGUGCGCGUGUAAAAUGAAAAGAAGUCUAAGGUGUCAGACUGUUAAAAGCUUUAGCAAUGUCAAAGAAUAUUCCCAGACAGCAAUUUGUUUUCGAACAUUAGGGAAAUAUGGUCAACAACUCUGUGUAGUUCAGUGGUUUUAUAUGGUGUGACGUCCAGUGUAUGAGGAGACACAAAUUCCUUGUGGAAAAGAAAAGAAAAUGAGAAUCUGAAGCUUUGCUGUUCAUUAAUUAUUUGAUUAAUUCAGAUUGAUGCUGGAAUGCAAGUGACGUUACAUGAUGAUUCUGUUGAAAUUUAUACAUUUUGACUUAAAUAUUUUACAAAUUGACAGUGAUGGUGGUGAAAGUGAUGAUGAGGUAGGAGAAGGGUAUCCACAAAACCCUUGUUGAAGUGGGUGAAAGCAUCUUCCGUUUUGGUAUUUACAUUGUUUAGAGCAAUCGGGUAGUCUAGCAAUCUAUAAUUACAAAUUAAAAAGAUUUGAUACUAUUGUAUUUUUGUUGAUUAUUUUUAUUCCAUGUACUACCUGUAGUGGUAUAAUGGAUUUUGCUUAUUGAACAACAUUGGUUGUUUUGCAAGCAACAGUGUUUAUAGUAGAUAAUUAUUACAUAAAUUAGUGAUUACUAAUUAAAAUUUGCUGUUUUGGGGGAUUGCAUGAGCAAGAAGCUUGUUGGCUUAAACUCCGGCCUAAACAAGUUUUUAUUAACUAAAAAUUAAAUUAUAAAAGUAGUCUUAAGAAUUGAUACCUAUGUUAUGUAUACCAUGUAUGUAUCUUGACAACAUUGCAUUUAUAGUGGUACCAAUUUGUGAUGCUAUUUUUUUACAUUAGUUUAAGCAACUGUAUAUUAUAAGAAACACAGUGGUAGGUUGAGUUUUAGGUAUAUCUAGACCCUAGGUGUACUUAUGGCAUCUAUCUCUUGAAAAAUUCAAUAGCUAAUUUGAUUUUUUUAAAUUUUAAAGGUAACAAAAGUAUGGAAACAAAAACUCCUAGAAAACGUGGUCGACCACGAGCAAUUAAAGCGGUAGAACACAGUCCAAAACCAGAAGAUUUAGAUGAAAUGUUACAAAAUAUAAACGAAGAUAUUAAUAAUUUUGAUUAUAUACCAAAUGGAUUGCCUGAUUAUUCAAUUAUAAAAAAUAAGAAAAACAUCAAUAAUAAUGAAGAUGUUUAUGAUUUUGAUGUUGAAAAAGAAGAUGGUCCUGGCAUAAGUAAUUUUAUAAUUUUAAUAUACUUCUAUACAAAUUAAAUAUUGUUUUAUUAAUUUGUACGUUAUGUUUAAAGCAAAUGUUAAACAGGAUGAUAAGCCUGAAAGUGAAUUAUUAGAACAUGCUUGUGACAUAUGUCCAAGAACAUUUAAAACAAUUCCUGGUUUAAAAAGACAUAAAACAUCACAUGAUCGCAAACCUCAAGAAAAUAAAAGUAAAAUGAACAAAUUUAUCCUAUAAGUAUUCUAAUUUUGUUUUAAAUAACUUGUUAUAAUUUUAGCUCACAAUGAGGAAUCUAUAAGUAAAGAGAUGAAGAGCUGUGAUUGUUGUGGGGAAGAUUUAGCUACUGCCCAUACGGUUUGAAAAACAAAAUAAUAAACAUAAAAUGGUUUUUAUUAUUUUUUAAUUUUUUAGAAUGGUGAUUUUGAAUGUUAUGACUGUGGUAAUUUUUUUAAAUUAAAAGCCAAUAUGGAGCGUCAUCAGUUGAUGGUUCAUUGUUAUGAUGAUGUUUUGAACUGUCCAACUUGUGAUUUCAAUUGUACUGACAAAGAAACUUUAUCUCAACAUUUAUAUGCUCAUGCUGGUAAGUUUUAUAAUUUACUAAACAGAUUAUAUAUAUUUAGGGUUCUGUAGCCAACUAGGACCCUUUUUUUUUUUUUGGUUUCCCUGUAUGUCACAGCUGUCAACUUAUUUAUAUAUCUAUUAGGAUUUUAAAUUUUGUAAACCAGAAUUUAUGGGAUUCUUGGAAAAAUAAUUUGGUUAGCCUAUUUUUUUAUAGAAUGACAUGUGUACCAACUUUUUUUUCUUCAUUCAGCCCAUUCAGUAAAGUACAUUUAAUAGGUUUUUGAAACGCAAAGAAAAAUUUUUCAGGAUUUUAACCUGACAACAGAUAUUUGCUUUUAUCGUGCAAAUAUCUCAUUUAAUUUCCAAAUUGUCUGUGCAAAUUAUCUUAAAUAAUUCUGUAGAAUGCAAAAUAGCUAGUUAUUUUAUAUGUAAGAAAUAGAUUGAUUAAUUUUAAAGAGUGAAUAGUAAACGGCUAUGGAACUAUUAUAUAAUAUUAUGUACAUAACAUUCUCUUAACUGUUUUUUUAAUUUCAAUUUUUUGUUAAUUUUCAGGAACAUCAAAACCCUAUUCAUGUCCUGUGUGUUUUACAUCAUUUAGUAGGAAGUAUCAUCUUGUACGUCAUAAUAUGCAAACUGGUUGUGAUGGUUCGGAAAAACCUAAAUUUCCUUGCCAGGUAAAUUUUUUAUAAAAACAUUUUUUGACUGUCUUUAGAGGGUUGGAGACUAUUUUCCUAAUUUCAUUUAAUUUUGUAACUGCUCAAUGUCCAUUCAAAGAAAACUGGUACAGAUGAAUAUAUAUCAUUUUAGACCAACCAGCGGUGGAAAAUUAAAUACACUACCCAAAGUUUGAUUUAAAUUUUUAAAAUAUAUAUGUAUUUGUCAACAAAUCAUCUAAGUUGAUUAGGACGUACAUUUUUUUGAUUGAAUAAUUGGUAAAUCCAAAAUAAAAUCAAAUAUAAUGUAAUUAUUUUAUGGAAUUUGCAAAAAUAACUAAAACUAAAAAUUCUUAAUUGAUUUUUUAAAUAGUUAGAUUAGAAAUUUUGUGAACAAAUUCAGAAUUGUUAAGUAUGUAUAAUUUCCUACCACUUCAUUGGUCUUAAACUUUUGAAAAAUAGGUGUGUUCCACCUAUUUUCCAGUUCCCUUAAGACAUCUUUAUUUAAUUGGCUAACAGUGUUCAUCAAUAUAUUAUACUGUAUUAUAAUAUAUAUGAACAUAUUGAUUAUUUUUCAUUAUGAGAUUCCUCUUUGUUAGUUAUAUUUAUAUGUGGAAAUUGGAAUUCCAAUUUACUGACAUUAUGUUAUUUACCCAAAAUUUCAGUUACUAGAAUAAUUGAGUAUUGAAUCAACGUACUUCUACUAUAGUAAUAGGUAGUAUUAUUUAUUGUAAUAACCUUGUAUAGGGCAUAAUUAUUGUACAAAAAUACAUUGAAUUUGAUUUCCUUAGUUUUGUAUGAAGAGCCUUUGAGAAUGUGCACUGAUAAAUUAUAGAGGAAAGAACAAUAGAUAUGAGAUUAGAUGAAUAAAAAAGAAAUUCAGUGUAAUAGAGUAGAGAAUUGUGUUUGAAAACUAGUUGUAAAUUGUUUGCACCAUACACAUAUAAAAUAUGCAUCUAAGUUAAAUAAGGUGUCUAGUUUUUCGUUUUUUUCGUUGUAGUACCUACAGCAAACUGACUCUUAGUAAAUUACACCAAUAAACAAUAAAUUUUCAAUAGUGUUUCCAAUUCAGACUAAAAUUGUAUAAUUCAUCAUAUAGAAAUACACAGUAUUUAAUUUAUCUUUUAAUUUAUUUAAGGUUUGUGGUAAAGUUUUUAAUAGAAAGGAUAAUCUUAGAGAACAUUUGCGUGCUCAUGCUGGACAAACUAAGAAGAAGCGUACUUAUAAUUGUGAAUAUUGUCUAAAAGAAUUUGUUGGAUCUGCAUUGUUAACUGUUCAUAGAAGAACUCAUUUAGGUAUUUAUUUUUUAAUAAUUUAUUAUAUUUUUAUACAUUAGCUAUAUCUUAUUUUAUGUAUGUGUUUAUGCUAACAUGAAUACUGUAGGAUUGCAGUUAAAGGUAAUCUAUUUAUUCAUUAAUGUGUGGUGUGGAAAGAAAUAUGCAUAAUUUAUAACUUUGAUAUAUAUAUAAAUUUAAUGAAUAUGUAUUAUUUGUUUAGGUUAUAGACCUUAUCAAUGUGAUUUAUGUCCAAAACGGUUUCCAUCUAGUGGAGCCAUGAAAAAACAUCGUAGAAUUCAUACUGGUGAACGUCCCUAUGAAUGUCAACAGGUAUGAAAACCAUUAUAAUUUAUGUGACAGACUUCUUUUAUAUGAAAAUUAUUUCAGUGUUUUGCUAAAUUUGCUGCUAAAGAAACUUUAAACCGUCACAUAAAAACACAUACUGCACUUAAACCACAUUCGUGUGAAUAUUGUGGUAAAACCUUCAUACAAAUUUCACAACUGCGGGCCCAUUUAUUUCAUCAUACAGGUAUAUUCAUAAAAAUUAUUUUUGAAUAGCAUAAUAUUAGUAUUAAAAUAUAUUUUUUAUCAGGUGAAAAUGGUUUUACGUGUGAUACUUGUGGAAAAUCAUUCAAUCGUCGUUCUCGUUUAACACUUCACAUAAGAUACGUACAUGAAGGAGCGGAGCCUUUUAUGUGUACUGUAUGUAACAAAGCUCUACUGCGCAAAGAAGAUGUACAGCGACAUCAUAUUGUUCACUCUGGUGUAAAAGCUCAUGCUUGUCCUAUUUGUGAUAAGAGAUUCGCUAUGAAAUCUUCAUUAAAAAUUCACUUGUUAACUCACACAAAAGAACCUCCACGAGCAUGUGAUGAAUGUGGUCGAGCAUUUAUUCGUCAGGAUUGUUUGUUGCGUCAUAUGCGUUCUAAACAUAGAGAUAUGUUAGCUGAGAUUAUGGCUGAUGCUGAAAAGAAAAAACUGGAGGCUCAAUUAUUAGGUUCUGUAAAGAAAGAUGUAGAUGACCAGACCGAUAAUAACGAUAAUGAUAAUAAUGAUGCCGAUUUGGACAAAGAGGAUGAUAAUGAAAGUAUUGAUGAAUUGGAAGAUAAUGAUAGUACUACUAGUGAAGAAUCUAAUCAAGAUACAUUGGGAAAUUCACUUAUGGAAUUAUUAACUGUAUUAGUAGAUGAAAAUACACUUAAAGAGUUUGGCUGGCCAAACGCAACUGUUGAUCAUUUGAUUGAAUCUGUAAUAAAGUAUGUAAAAUUAUAUAAAUAUAUUUAGUGGUAGAAUUAUGUAUGUUAAAAAAACUUAAUUUGUGUGCUUUAUUUUAUUUUAGGAGAUGUGGACACUCACCUGUGGCUGCUGAAGAUGCUUCCUACAUGGCCAGACUUCGAGAUAAUUCUAAGCAAUUAUUUUCAAUUAUCAUUGACGAUUUCGCUAUUCAAACACUUCUUGAAAACCAAACAAUUGAAGAAGUAAUUGUACAUGUCUUGAAAUUAGCUAAAGCAUAAUUGAAAUUUGUUUGAUUCAAAUAAUUUUAUAAUUUUUCCAUUUCCACAUAAUUGUACUUCAUUUUUUAAAAUGUUAGUUUAUAAGACCAUUUUAUUUUUAAUAUUAUUUUAACCUACAGGUAAUUUUUUAUAAUCUAUGCAUGUUAUCUAUAGUUAGAGACAUGAUAAAUAAAAUAGUGACUAACUCAUUAUAAGAUACUAUGAAUGAAUCGUGUAUAACUUUUUUAAGUUUAGGAUUUAGUAAUUCAAAACAGUUUUGUUUAAAAACACCAUUGGGCCACUCUUAUUUAUCAUGUAUAUAUUAUAACUAUUGAUUAUAGAUAGUAUAAAUACCUUUUCUCUGUCUGGAUUUUUGAUCGCAUAAAAUAAAAUUCUCAAUGAAUGACAAUAAGUGACGUAAAUCAUUAUUUUAUUUUGGCCACCCAAUAUGGAAGGAUUUGGUGAGGGGAAACCUAGCCAUGGUGACUACAGCAAUUUUUAUAUUAACCAGAAAUCUACACUACCUAAAAUUAAUUAUAUUAUUAUAUAUCACAAAUUAAAAAUUGUUUUUACUAUUAUUAAGUUUUAUUCUAUAUGAUACAAAUAUUUAUCCUGUUUAUCCUUGUUAAGUUAGUUAACAUUCAAGCAUUAUUAUUUUUAUUACAUAACUCAAGCUCAUAAUAAUAAUAAUUUAUGUAUGAAUAAUGUUUAUUAUUAUUUGUUCCAUUUAAUUUUUAAAUUGAAUUAAUAUUUUUACACAUAUAAGUAAAGUUAAGUUUAUGGCAUGGUUAAAAUUAAAUUUUAUAAUUAUUAGAUAAAUAUGUAAUGUAUGUGUAUGUUUUUUUUUAUUUUAAUAAUAAAUAGCAUAUAAUUGGGGAAACUUUUAUGGCUGCUUUUAAUGUUAGUCAUAAUCUUAUGAAAAUACUAUUACAGUGAGACUAUAGAAGCAUCAGAGGUCAAUAUUUUAUUUUUCUAUCUAUCCUACAUUAUAAUAUGGUUUUUUUUGUCUAUUUCUUUUUUUUUAAUUAUGAUCUUAUUAAACAAUUCCUUAUCGAACCUUGUGCGAUCAAGAUUGUUUAAAUGCAGAACUGCAACCAUUUUUGUAAUUGUAUACAUCAGAUUACUGCCUGAAUAUCAUAUUAUUCAGAACUACAAAUUCA